UUGGGAGAGACUAAUGGACUAGGUCUAUUUUUCGAGUAAAUCUGGAAGAGGACCUCCCUUUUCACUGUGCAAACUAGACUGGGAAUUCCGUCGAUAGUUAGGUUGGAGACCAACAUAUCUCCAAGUGAUGAAUAACUGAUGUGAAUUGUGCUGAAAGUGCAGCUGAAAUGCUCGGCAAUCAGCAGACACCCAUAAUUUUCCGUUAUUAAACAGAAUUUAUAUUGGAUUUUGUUUUAGCUCUUACUAUGGACCAUUUAAUCUUGAUUCAUACAUAUAUUGACCUUGUUCCGUCGGCCUAGAAUAAGUCACUCACCCGCGGCGGCUUAAAAGUAACAAUGGGGCGUGUCGGCGUUUCUGUCCCAAAGGAGCGCUUCCUGACAUGCAUAAGCUUCAUCUAUAUGUUUGCUUUCGCAUCUCUGUAUAUUCAGCUACCUGGAUUAUUCAGUGAAAAUGGCGUGACUCCUGUGCAAACUCAAUCCUUAGCGGCUCCGCGUGACAUUUCGGAUGCUGUGAACGAUUUGAACGUUCUAAGAUUUUCAGAGUUCCUGCAUAUUGAUGCCUACCAAUGUUUGGAACUCGUCACAGUUGUUGGCACCAUCCUGGCCUUCUUUUCAAGCUUCUUCAUCGCUUACCGGACAGCGCCGACUUUCUUCGUGCUUUGGGUGUUGUAUAUGAGUGCUUUAAAGGUUGGUCAACCAUUUCUAUGGUUUCAAUGGGAUAUUUUACUUUUGGAAGCCGGAUUUCUUGCAGUUCUGCUGUCAAGUUUUGGCGCUGUUUUAAGCCUUCCUCGGUCAGUAGCCAGUGACAAGAUCGGAAUGUGGCUACUGCGUUGGCUGUUAUUCCGGCUUAUGUUUGCUUCUGGAGUGGUUAAGUUGACUAGUGACUGUCCUGCAUGGUGGGGUCUGAAAGCUCUUCAUUGGCAUUAUCAGUCUCAAUGUAUUCCGACUCCAGUUGCUUGGUACAUGCACAGUCUCCCUGGUUGGUUCCACAGUAUAUGUGUUGCAGCUGCAUUCAUAAUCGAAAUCCCUAUGACAUUUCUGUUUUUUGUGCCUCUUCGUCUUGUUCGUCUUGUAUCAUUUUAUUCGCAGGUGCUGCUCCAAGUUAUGAUAAUUUUAACUGGGAACUACAACUUCUUCAACUUUCUCACCAUUGCUUUAUGUUAUUCGCUGUUAAAGGACGACGAUUUUAUUCCUCAACGCAGACGGAAAUGGAGCACCUCUGGACUAUUUUCAGGCGCAAUUUCUUCGAUUCUGUUGGUUUUCGUUCUUGGUGUUUCCGCUUAUUUGUUCAACUUUUCCAUCUCUAACCAAGUAAUCACAAGUUCUAUAGGUUUCACUAAGAAAGAAUUCUCGUGGUUCGUAAAUACAUCUGUGAAGUACAGUAUUUAUCUUGGGAUCGCUUUAUUCAUUGUGGAAGUUCUGCACAGUGUAGUUGUGGCUCUAAAUGCGCGUCCAUUUUGGCGUAAAUUAUAUGAACUGGUUGGUGUUAUUUUCGUGGCUGCUAUCGGUUUAACUGUUCUAAUGGGUAGUUUGGUCCCAUUCGCUUCCUUGGACCCUACCAUCGAGUUACCGCCCCAAAAUCGUCAAAUCUACAAGAAUUUGAAACCGUAUUAUAUUACAAAUGGCUAUGGGCUGUUUCGUCGCAUGACUGGAGUUGGAGGUCGUCCUGAACUUGUCUUGGAGGCUGCAUCAAGUCCAAACGGUCCGUGGUCUGAGUAUGGAUUUAAUUUCAAGCCUGGUCGUGUGGAUAGAAUUCCUCCGGUCGUUAUCCCUCAUCAGCCUCGUUUGGAUUGGCAGAUGUGGUUUGCUGCACUCACAAAUUAUCGUAAUCAUCCAUGGUUGAUGAAUUUAAUUUAUCGACUACUCAAUCAACAACCUGAAGUUUUACAACUGCUCGACCUUUCCAGUCUACCGAACAAUCCAAAAUAUAUUCGAGCUCAAUUGUAUACCUACCACUUUACCAGUGAAUCUGAUAGGUGGGUCACUUUUCCGUAAUAAUUACGACCUGUCAAUAUGAGUUUAAAAGUAGAUCCCAUAUGUUUUCAUUUCAAUUAUUGUUAUGACUAUUCGUUACUUUUAUUGUAUCCAGGCGUUAACACUGAAUUGAGGAGCAAUGGUUGUAAUUCAGAAUUAAAGACUGGUGGAAACGUGUAUUGAAAUCUGAAUACUUAUCCCCUGUUUCAUUGUCUUCUCAAGUGUUGCGCAGUGCUGUUGAAGAAAAUGGCUUGGUAGGAAAACGUCGUCCUCGUCCACAGGAUCCUACAGUUUUAUCAGAAUCCCUAACACAACUACGACAGUUCAUUGGACAACCACGCGAUUUAUCACCAUUGGUUUUUGUCUGCAUAGUGUUGGUGUUAACCAAGCGUGCAUUUGGACGAGCUGGUCAAUCCACUAGAAUGAAUUAUAACAAGGCCUGAAGUAUGCUGCAGAUUUUGUUAUUCAAGUGUUAUCUUGAUAUCAAUGAUAAUGCAUUGUGAUGAUAACAAAAAUUGGCUUGUAUUAUGCAAAUAUUAUUUUCAUUCAGUGCUUAUUGCGUAUAUAUUUAUUAAUCCGUCUUUUUGUCGAGUGCACUUCAUAUCUCACUUUCAUACACAAAUAACCUUCCUUAUUUAUUUCAUGUUAGAAUGAAUUCUAUAUUCUGCUGUAAAAUCUAAGUGAAGUAAAGUUAUUUGGAACAAUGAACUUUUAGUGUUGUGUAAUGAUAUCAUUGUAUUUUCAUCUCAUUUAUUGUGUGUAUCAUAUCUAUUCAUGUAUCUUUUUACUAUGAACUACAAGUAUUCUCACGUAUUUAAUUGUUGUAUUGUUUUUUCUUCCACGCAUCACUACACUAGUCAGUCAUUCUGAUCAUUUAUCGAUCUCAUGUAUCUUUGACGUCAAAGUAGAUCGAAUAGUUUGCAUGUAGGCAUUAUUUCUCAUUAAAUAUUGCAAAGUCAAAUCUAGAUUGAUUAGAUUUCAGUUAACCAGUGCUCGACUAUCGGGCAUAUUUACUGUGUGGGGUCUAAUGAUUACUAUCAAGUUGGCCAGACUGAAGUAGGUGAAGCGCGAGACUCCAACCCCGUGGCCCAUCGACUGUAAGUCGAGUGUUUAAGUCAAUGCGCCAAAAUUUAAGUAGAUCACAAAUAUUAUCUCCAACAAAAUAAUCCAUAUAACUAUCUGUCAGGUCCUAGAUAUCGAUAACAAUUUAAACCGAUCGCUUAAUAGUAUAAAUAAGUGACUUCUAGUGUACUGAUUGCGACCACCGCUUCCUGGCCUGCUGCUCUAAAAAGAAACAGGUAUAGAUUGGUGUAAAAGAACUAAGUGUAUCAUUCUAAUUUAUUAGGUAGGUCACUUGUGCGGAUUAUGGCCAGGAAGAUAAAUAAGCUUUUAUGAAGCUCAUACUAUAUCAAAACUAUUUCUCUUAGUUUUUAACUAUUUUCAAACUCAACAUAAUCGAGCAAAAAAGGCCUUAUUCUUUCAGAUGCAGUUCCUUGGGGAGAACACUAGCGAGAUACUAACACAGCGUAUUAGAAAUGCGGUAAAACGAGCAUUCCCUGCUGCCGAAUUACGUUGUAUCUUUAAGACUACUUCUCUUCUGCGUUCGGGAG